AUGGAACUUGUGUGGUUUGCCUUUUUGGCGUUUGCUGUGGUUAUUGUCUUGUUCCAUGCUGGAGAGUGGCUGACGCAAUAUGUUUAUAAUCGUUCCAUGUGUUCUAUUGCUUCACUUGCCAUUGAACGACAUUACAUCAUUGCCAUGUCUUGUGCUCUACUCGAGUUCAUCAUUGAAUCCAUCUUUUUCCCUUCUCUUAAAACCUACACUUGGAUUUGUUAUUUAGGAAUUCUUCUUACUCUUCUCGGAGAUGGAAUCCGAAAAUGUGGAAUGAUCACUGCCGGAAUGGCCUUUACUCAUCUCAUUCAGGAAAGAAGACGUGAGGGACAUAAUCUCAUCACUCAUGGAAUUUAUGCUUAUGUGCGUCAUCCUGGAUAUUUGGGUUGGUUCAUUUGGGCACCUGCGACUCAAUUGAUUUUAAUGAACCCAAUUUGUGUGUGUGUGUUUGCUUUUGUGGCUUGGCACUUCUUUUAUGAUCGAAUUCCAUAUGAGGAGGAAACAUUGGUGGAUAUGUUUGGAAAGGAGUAUGAAGAAUAUCGAAAAAGAGUGCCUUCGUACAUUCCAUUUGUUGAUGCUUUAACAGUCAAUAAGGAAAAGUAG